GUGCGCAUCUGACAAAUUUGUUGGCUGCUGUAAAUAAAAAAUCGAAGUGACUUUUCUGGAUUUACGUGUAUAACAAAUCAACAAAAAAAAUCAUAACUAAUUCACGCAACUAAUAAAUACGUUUUUUGUUUUUGUUGAUAAGGAACAGUGCAAAUAUAUUACAACAACUAAGCAAACUAGACGUGUUUAAUUAAUCGUUUCUGCAACAGUGCAGAGACAAAGACGAUUGCGAACAAACACCACACACACACACAAAUAUAUACACACACACAUACCAAACCCAAAUGAAAAUCACAAAAUUUUCACCAUUUAAUCUGGCUAUGUAUUUGAUUUCAUAGCUGUAUGCUUACAAAAAAUAAAUACUAAAACAUAGACAAAAUUCAAGGGGCAUUCAACAGCAAAAACGAAUUAUUGAAGAAUUGACUGCGUCAAACGGGGAAUCUUUCUUUCCCACGCCCCAUUCACCGCCCCCAACAAAGAACUCUGUUUAAAAGUGAUACCAUAUACACAAACACACACACACGCACACCCAUACACACACACACACAUACGCAGCAGAAAAAUCUAAUUCUGAGCUGGCCACAAAAAACAACAGCAAGCAAAAUUUUCCAUUUAAGUCGUCGCAUAACAACAGCAGCAGCAGAUAGACAGGUGCAUUUGGAGUCGUCUCUCAUUUUGUUGUUAGCUAGGAGGCAGCGACCACAGCAUGACAAUCAAGCCAGUUAGUGCGCCCGCUGGCAAGCGUGUCGUCGAUGCGGAUGCCAGUGAUGCCCAUGCCGCUGGUCAGGUGGUCGCUAUCGAGCAAUCGGUUGUCAAUCAAACCCAUCGCAAUGUCGUCAUCGAUGGGCACGGACAGAGUCCACAACGGCGUGGUGAAGUCUACGAUGAGCUAACGCGCACACAUCGCUGCAGUCCACACAAAAGCACUCGCUCGAAGCGUCGCGAACAUCUCGAAAGCCAUGCCCAUCAUCACAAACGCGAUCGUUUAGAGCGCGAGAAACUCAACCUAAAUCAUCCGGCUGUUGUGGGUGGCAACGCUGCCGGCGUCACCAGCAAAUGCAGCAGCAGUCCACACUCAUCAGCGGUGGCAGCUGUCGCUGCUGCCACAGCCACAGGCAACAGCAGUCCGACCAUCGCCGUGGGUCGCAAAUCACCCGAGCAUUUGGGUCUGGGCUGUGCCAACGUGCCCAAAACACAGCAGGCCCAAUUAUCGCCAGCCGCUGGGGGGAGUCAGCUUAAGGCCGACGAGGAGACAUUCUCUGGCUAUAAUAGCGGCGAUGAGCAUUCCCAGCCCAAAGAGCGCACCAUUUCAGUCGAGGAAUGGCAGCGACGCGACGAGGAGUUCGCCAAGUGUAUGGAGAAGCGCGGCUACGAACUGAAACCGGUCGAGGAGGAUGGCGCAUGCCUCUUUCGCUCCAUAUCGCUACAAAUCUACGGGGAUGAGGGCAUGCACGAUGUCACACGGCAGCACACCAUGGAUUAUAUUCAUGAGAAUCGCGAGUAUUUUGGUCAGUUUGUAACUGAGGACAUCAAUGGCUACAUCCAGCGUAAACGGGCACGCGAUGCACAUGGCAAUCACAUCGAGAUCCAGGCCAUUUCAGAGAUAUACAGUCGCCCCGUCGAAGUCUACUGUUAUCAGUCGACACCCAUCAACAUCUUCAAUUCGGAGCAAUCGCAAGCUGGUUAUCCACCACUGCGUCUAUCCUAUCAGCGAGGCUCACACUACAAUGCUAUACUGGAUCCGUACAAUGCCACUGUCGGAGUCGGCUUGGGCUUGGCUGGUUACAAGCCCGAGAUUCAGACCAAGGAGGCAGUGCGUCUCAGCGAACAGCUCGAAAUUGAACAGACCAUGUUCGAGGAUAAGCUAAAGACUACAGACUGGGAAGCCACCAAUGAGGCCAUCGAGGAGCAAAUCGCACGCGAAUCCUAUUUGCAAUGGUGUCGUGAUAAUAUGCAACGUUCGGGCAGCAACAACACAGCCGCCGGCUCGGCCACAUCGUCGACAGUGACGUCGGCAGAGGCGCUUACCGAUUCGGAUGCCUCGCCCUCCAAAUACUCAAGCGAUGGAGGAGGUGGCGGCGGAGGUGGUGGCGGCAUCGGCGGCAGUAGCAGUGUGACCGGCAGCAAUACAAACGCCAAAAGUGCUGCAGCUACGCUUAGCAGCUCCUCCUCCAGCGUCGAUGAUGAGGGCCCAGCCACGGUUGGUUUUACGCUGUCACCGAAAACGCUUAGCCAGUUUACGCACAAGCUGCCGUCCGAGGUUAACGAACUGGGGGGCUACGAUAGCGAUGCCACGGACAUGAGCAGCACCAGCUCUGUGGGCCACUGCGGUGGCAAUUCCUCGCCCAACACAGCAGCAACAGCAUCACAACGCUCUUCCUCCACCUCCUCCUCCAGUAAAUUAAGCAAAUCGCAGCGUCGCAGCAAUGGGCUGCGCGGCAGCAAGAAACGUCGCCAUGAGGCACGUGAGGCAGCCAAUAAUAGUGUGGUGGAAGUGCUGGAGACGCCGCAGCGCAAGAGUCCCAAGCGUGACGCGGCGGCGGCACCAACAACACCGCCGCGUGCACACACCCCGGAAGCGGAACAGCGGCCAUGCACCUCGAAGCAGUCAUCGCAGUCGCCGCCAAAGCGUGUCGAUGCUGCACAAUCGCCGGCCAAACAGAGCUAUUCCAGUUUCUAUCAGGAGCUGCUCGAAGCCUCCUACGAGGGCGUCAAUGAGAGCGAGAUGCUGCAGCGAGCCAUCCAAUUAUCCACACGCGAUUAUAUGGAUGAUCAGAAGCGAAAGUAUUUGGGCGGACCGUAGAAAUCGAAGGCAGCAGGCCCUGGUCUUCUUUUGUACAGUGAUUAAAUUUCUCUUUUCGCAACGAAAACAAAACAAAAACACAAAACUAACCAAAAAAAAACAGAAACAAAAACUCAAAAAUACACACAUUAUGUGCGACUAAUAACAAAACAGCAAACUGUUCAGUGAGCAAGUGUCUCCAGCAGUAGGCACACACUCAAACACACACACACAUCUAUACGUUUAUAUAUAUAUAUAUA